AUGGUUACCCCACCGAACGACAAUAAAACGCUCUUUUUCCUGACGCCGCAACGCAAACUGCCGAUUAACUACCUUUGUUUGGCUUUCCUUUGCCAUAAUUAUGCGAACGCCAAAAGUGCCAAAAGGAAUGGGCAUAAAAGACCAAGACACGGCCUUCCUGGAGAUGAAGGAGGCAAAAUAAAAAGUGCAGAUAAUCCGUUUCAAAAGAGACUAUGUGUUCCUGCAGAUGAUACUCUUAGAGCAAGACGCAAGUCAUGUUUCCUGAGACCGGAUACGGGCCCAUGCCGAGCAAAUUUAUUGUCGUGGUAUUUUGAUGCAAGGAUGCGGAAAUGUUACCGUUUCUUCUGGGGCGGGUGCCAAGGGAAUGGCAACAGAUUCGAUACUAUAAACAAGUGUCAAGAACAUUGUUUGAUUAAUGGAUCUACACCAACAUUGCAUGUACCAUAUUUCUGUUCUCUGGCUUUCGACUUUGGCACUUGCUUUGGACAUUACAAUCGGUGGGCCUGGGACUCAAUUGCCAAAAGCUGCAAACGCCGUAUGUACUCAGGGUGUGGCGGCAAUCAAAACAACUUCGAGACUAAGGAAGAAUGCAUGUCUACGUGUCUCCUCAAACCGAAUAACACCAUGCAACGCUUCCACCAGUUCACUACUUGUAUACCGUUCACAAUAGGCGACUUGCAGUAGACGACUACUGCUCAAAUCUCGAGUUUACUGCUUAGGAAGAUUACAUAAACGACCGUAUUCAUGAACGGUACAUUGCUAAGUGCUUAAACGUCUUUUUGUUACAUUCCAAUUAAAAGUGACAUAAGUAAAGUGUUAGAAACAUAAUGAAAGGAGCUCUCAUAAGAUAUGCUAACUAAACCAUUACCAACCACUUAUUUUUAAUUAAUCUUGUGUUGGAAUGUUUUAAGCAAUUCGUUUAUGUGUUAUUAUAAUUAUUUUGUAAAGUUGCAAAUAAGAGUUGUUGAAUAAG